GUGGUGAGAUGGGUAUCCCCAUAAGCUGCAACAUCGAACCAUCUGCAACAUUUUGACUCGUUUCCUUUUGUGUUUUUCCAACAUCUGUCUCUUCUUCACUCGCUCUCUUCUAAUCAAUCUCCCCAACGACCUCUCUCUUUAUUUUUUGUUCUUCCAUUCAUAUCUCUCCCUCUUUCUCUCUCUCUCUUUCUCUCUCUCUCCCCGGGAAAAAUGGAUAACUUCUUCUCCUCUUCUAACGCAAACUCUGUCCAAGACUUCUCUCUGGAUGUUAACAACAAUCUCUCUCACUUCACAACGAUCCCGACCUAUGCUCAUCAGCCUCAUCACUUGUUGCCGCCGUAUCCAUACCCGGUGGAGCAGAUGGCUGCGUUGAUGAAUCCUCAUCAGACACUUUACUCAUCCGAUGGUUUUCCUCAGAUCCCGGUUGGCCAAACCGGAAGUGGGUUCUGUUCUCUGGUUAGUAAUACUAACCCUUGCUUGGGAUUUCUUGAUCCGACCAAGAUGGCCAGGAUCAACAGGAAGAACGCCAUGAUCAGAUCAAGAAACAACCCUAGCCCUAAUUCUAGUCCAAACGACUUGGUUGAUUCAAAGAGACAGCUGAUGAUGCUUGACAUGAAAACUUCUGCGCAGAUCCCUGAGAAAAAAGAUCUCUACCCUCACUCCACUUUCGAUGACAAGAAACUUAGGGUUUUGUGUGUGAAGCUUUUGAAGAAGAGCGAUGUUGGGGCGCUUGGGAGGAUAGUUCUCCCAAAGAGGGAAGCAGAAGGAAAGCUUCCGAAGUUAACUAAUAAAGAAGGAAUCAUUGUAGAGAUGAGAGAUGUUUUCUCUUUGCAGUCUUGGUCUUUCAAAUACAAGUUCUGGUCCAAUAACAAGAGCAGAAUGUAUGUCCUCGAAAACACAGGAGAAUUUGUGAAGCAAAAUGGAUUAGAGACUGGAGAUACUUUAACAAUAUACGAGGACGAAAGCAAGAAUCUCUACUUUGCCGUUACAAUGUCGGGCAAACAAAAUGGAGGAAGUGGAGAUGAGUCGAUGGAAGUGAACGAGAUAAUCAACAACUAUGACAUGAACCACUAUGAAGAGCUAAUGAAUGAUUACAUGCAAGGAGACGAAGAAGAAGCUGCUAUUGCAAUGCUCAUUGGAAAUCUAAACGAUCACUAUGAUCCCAACCCUAACGAUCUCAUGGACCUCACCAUUGACACUGAUCAUCAGCACCAUCAAGUUCAAACUGCGUCCUCGUCGUCAUCUGUGGAUCAUGCGGACGUGGGUUCAUCCGAUGAUCAGGCGAGCUUUAGCGAGUAUGCUGGGUGGUGAUGUGGUUGAAGUUCAUAUAGCUAACCCCCUUAUGCAAAUGGACCUUGGGAUAUACUAAAGAAGGGAGAUUAAAAGAAAAUAUUUCAUAUCUAUAGUUGGCUUUUUAUAUAGUUUUUAUUUCUUGGUUAUAAAUGUAUCAAAGUUUGUUUAAUUAAGAAAAAUGAUCGUUUGUGUUCAGUAUA